CAAACGGAGCCUCAGCCCCUCCAAAAAUGGCCUGGAGACAGCUGCUCCUCGCCUCCUGUCUCUCAGCUGCUGUACUCCUGACCAUGCUGCAGGAGGGGACUGGCGCAUCAGUGGGUACCCGGCAGGUGGCAGGACAAGAGGCCCAGGAAGAUGUAGAACAGAAGAUUUUCAUGCAGGAAUCAGAUGCGUCAAAUUUCCUCAAGAGGCGCGGCAAGCGGUCCCCCAAAUCCCGAGAUGAGGCCAAUGCGGAGAACAGGCAGAAGCUGCGGGCUGAUGAGCUGCGGAGAGAGUAUUACGAGGAACAAAGGAACGAGUUUGAGAACUUCGUGGAGGAGCAAAAUGACGAACAGGAAGAGAGAAGCCGGGAAGCUAUUGAGCAAUGGCGCCAGUGGCAUUAUGAUGGCCUGUACCCAUCAUAUCUCUACAACCGCCACCACAUCUGA